AUGUACUUCUCAACAGCUUUCCUAGGAACCUUGCUCACUGCAGCAGCCCAGGCAAACCCAUAUAUCCAGGAAAACCUACACCCAAUUCCAAAGUGUGUGAGCAAGCAUGAGCCUAUCACGGUGAUCGAGCUCCCUCUGCCUCCAGUCACCCUCAAUGAGACCGAGGGUGGAUGUACCCGACAAGUCAACCCGCGUGGGACUGGAUGCAUUGGUGCAAACUCCUCCAAUCUACUGAGCGGGAACUUUCUUCCGGAUGGGGAUCAUGUCACAGCUUCCUUAGUGUUCACUGGAGCACCGGCUUCGCCAGAUCCAAGAAGUAAUUAUACUGGUCUCAACCUGAUAAUUGUUCGUACGAAUGGAACGCUGUUCCCGAACGGCGACGCUUGGAAAUGUAUCACCUGUGGUAUUCCGGCGGACCAAAAAUAUGGAUUAACAUCGUCAAUGGACUAUCAGUAUCCCCAGGCGUUUGCAGAUGGCACUCGCGUUCUGGCAGGAAGUUAUAUAAUCGACUGCGGGACUUCACAACUGGCUAGCCCCAAGUGCACCCCGGACAAGGUCCACAUCUAUCCACUCCGCUGGAAUACUUCCCCCACUGGCUCCGGGGCUGGGGGAGCCAUUCGUGAACUUCGAAAGCACCCAGACGAUGUUCAUCUGACGUUUAACGCUCUGUCCUACUCAGGUUCUAUCGUGUCCCAGUAUGCUUAUUUUGCGCGGUUGCAGUUCAACCCCGCACCUACAAAUGGAACGCCGCUCACGCCGCGAUACGAUCUGGUUAAUGUGACAGGGCUGUACUCCUCUGAGCCUACGUCUAUAUUUUCCUUUAAGGGAAAGAACAUGAUGAUCAAUGAGCAGGCCAUCGCGGUGGGAGAGGCACGCGGCCUGAAUGGAGUGGGUAACGAAGUCCAGUACAUUGGAUUCCCUGCAGAAUCUUGCAACAUUGACAUAUUCGACAUCAACCUAGAGAGUGGAAAAGUUGCUCGAAUGACAUACGGCCCCGAAUAUGUCGACCCGUUUGAUGUAUCCCCAGAUGGUCAAUGGGCCGUCAUAAUGGACACUACUACUACCAAUCGCAUGAUGUUUUUGUCAGGGAUGAGAGGCAUUCCGCCACUCGUCGAUUCGCUCCUCACCGCUGCAAUCUCAUCCAUCCGGAAUAAUGGUGGGCGGCGCUUCUUUGUGCCAUGGGUCUACCCUCGCAAAAUUCCUUAUGUCAAUUCCGACCGCAGCUAUGAAGGGCAGCAGGUCAAUGCUGCCGGUGAUGGGAGCCCAGGCAGUGUGAAUGAUCCUUUUUGGAACGGAGGCGCCGAUCCUCGAUGGUCGCCGGAUGGCACUCAGAUUGCAUACUUUCAACUGCUUACUGUAGCCCCCGAUUGCGGUGGGAGUAAUCCAUUACCCUGUCCUGUAUCCACUGCCCAAGGUGGCCGCACCGCUAGGCUCAUGCUAGCUACUCUCACGAGCCGCAAACCCCAGAAAGCGACCAAGGUGCAACCCGUCUCUGAUACCAUCCGGUGGGGCGUUCCAUAUAUCCCAGGGAGCACAGUGCCAGCAGGAUUAGGCCUUUCAUACGGCAACUUCAGUUUACCUGGUAAAGUGAGCGGCCAUGCUGAUGUGACUUUCACUGCUAACAGCGCUGGGACUGCAUUGGAGACAGUGGACGUCACAUAUUACAAUUACUCUGAUAAUGGUGACAACUUCAUUGCAGGUCACGAGAAAGUGACUGCUUUAUCCCCUAACGCUACGCUGAUUCAUGUGAAUUGGAUCUCCAACCUAUCUUCGACUGGUACUAGUAGGAGUACAAAAGUCACAAGCCCCGACGGGUUCCAUUUCGAAAUUGACAUCGAGGAAAAUAAGUUUUACGCAAAUGGUACUUUGACAACUACUGUCGAUGACAUGAUCUAUCAGCAGCCUUGCAACGGUUGUUAA